AUGGCUUCACCAGCGCUGUCGUUAACCCAGCCGAAUGGCAACGGGACCGGGCGUGUUGGUACUGGUUCGCGCUCGCCAUCCAACUUCCUCUACCCAGCGCAGCGGGUGCCCUCCGCGCCGAAGCAAACGCCGGUGCCGGUGCCUGAUCCUCGAAACCCGGCUUCCGGGGGCAACACGACUUUUACUCAUGCCGUCGCUUCUGACCUGCCUCAAGCAGCAAACAUAACGUCUUCCGCGAACGAUGAGGAACAGAAAGCACGGCGCUUUGCAGAGGAUUAUGCGAGGCUCAGCGCCGCCAUGGCAGAAUGCGAUCCGGAUGCCGUUAGACGUGCCAUCCGGGACAACCACGAGAGAUGCCUCUUGGGAUCCCACUACCACACGGCUUUUCUUAUGAACGUUACCAUGCAUCGCGCAGACGAUGGGAUCCUUCAAAGAGCCAUCCGGGACUUUGGCUCCAGGAUUGUCUCCGCGGGAAAGCACGACCUAAUCGGCUGGAUGAGUCAAGCUGACAUCGACGAGGUCGCCGACAAGAUCAUCGCCAAGGCCAGCAAUACCUUCCUCGACAAGGCCCUCGUAGCUCGUCUACCCACCAUUGAGGCCCGCCGCCUGGUCAACGCACUCGCGCGGGCGGAGAGGCUAGGCUACGAUGCCGCCGACAUUGUCGAGAACGAAAAUGUCAUCCCGUCUCUGCCGAGCAGCACUCCUCUGACCACGGUUCAGCAGUACGACCCUGCGCAGCCCCUGACUUCAACGCCAACCCAAACGACACAAUUGCCCUCUCAAACAUGGAACUCAGCAAAUGUAUCUGACCUGACGUGCCCGACCUGUGGGCAUGUCUCCCCAGGACCGUCCGCUCAUAAACAUCACCUUACAAACUGGCUUUGCACCAGACCACUGCCGCCCGAAGGCCCUGGCGGAGAGACAUACGUCUGCCCCUUCUGUGCCCAGAGGCUCAGUAUCCUCGGCGCCCUGCAGUAUCAUAUGCUGAACAAGAUAUGCGGUGACUUUGGCGACAUCAAAAGGGAGCAGAUCCUGCCCACCAAGCCGCCUGCCGGCCUCAACCCUCACACCAAGCGACGAGCACCGGACAAUGCCGCGACUUACGUCUCCUCCGGCAGCAACAGCCCGGCGCCGCAAUACCCGCCGGCUCCUCCUGCUGCCACGCAGACACCGCGCACAGCGCGGCCCAGUGCUCAGCCCGGCAUGUCGCCAAACGUGCCCCUCGGCACGCCUCAAGCCAAAGACAUGAGCCACCUAACGGCGCAUCAGAUCGAGGCAUUGAAGGGGGAGCUACGGCUGGCCGAGGAGUCCUUCAAGAUGAAGAUUAACGACACCCAGAAAUCGGGCGGCGACCCAGACGAGGUUCAGAAGAAGCUCACGAGUCUGAGGAACUCGUACGCAUGCAAACAGAGCACGAUCCGCAAAAAGUACGGAAUCAAGCUGCGCCAGCGACGUGGCCUCGCAACGGAGGACCCGACUCUGAGCACGUCGCAGGCGCCGAAGACGUCACAAGGAGAAUCGAGUCGGCCAUCGUCAUCCUACCAGCACGGGAGCUACCGUGUUGAGGUCCACUUGCCGAGUCCGUCCAAACAAACGAAGUCCGCCUCGCCCAACGGCACGCCGGGUGACACCACCGCCUCUCGGGUGACGUCCGGCGGAACCAUGACGGCCGAGAGGCUGCUGCAGAAGAUACGCGGGGCUUCUGGCGCGUCCGGUGCUUCGGCUGACGACAAUGAAGAGGACAGUUCUUCGGACGACUCGAGCACCGAAGGCGAGGACUGA